AUGGCGGAGUACUUGGCGUCCAUCUUCGGUACAGAGAAAGAUAAAGUUAAUUGCUCUUUCUACUUUAAAAUUGGAGCAUGUCGCCACGGGGACCGAUGCUCCAGGCUCCACAACAAGCCGACCUUCAGUCAGACCAUUGCCCUCUUGAACAUUUACCGUAACCCGCAGAACACGGCUCAGUCUGCUGAUGGAUUACACAGUGCAGUCAGUGACGUGGAGAUGCAGGAACACUAUGACGAGUUUUUUGAAGAGGUCUUCACAGAGAUGGAGGAAAAGUAUGGAGAGGUGGAGGAGAUGAAUGUCUGUGAUAACUUGGGAGACCAUUUGGUUGGAAACGUCUAUGUCAAAUUUCGGCGAGAGGAGGAUGCGGAGCGGGCGGUCCUGGACCUCAAUAACCGCUGGUUUAAUGGACAACCAAUUCAUGCAGAGCUUUCGCCAGUGACUGACUUCAGAGAAGCCUGCUGUCGCCAGUAUGAGAUGGGGGAGUGCACGAGAGGCGGUUUCUGUAACUUCAUGCACCUGAAGCCAAUCUCCAGGGAACUCAGGAGAGAGCUUUACGGACGCAGGCGAAAGAGGCAUCGCUCGCGCUCACGCUCCCGCGAACGACGCUCCCGUUCCCGGGAACGGGGUAGGGGUGGGGGCGGCGGUGGCGGUGGCGGACGUGACCGCGAGAGACGGAGGUCAAGGGACAGAGAACGUUCCGGGAGAUUUUAAACUAGUCCAUAACUUGUCUCACUCCCUCUUUCAUAUCCAGCUCUAGUGUGGAUGUUCCCCUCCCUAAAGACCAAAAAUGUGAUGUUGUACUAGGCUUUUGUUUUUAUUCA